AUGGAUUUUGCAUUGGAAGGCAUCCACGUGCUCGUCACAGGCGCCUCAGACACUUCUCUUUUCUUGUGUACACCAGAUCUCACAGACGGUCAAAAACCUCUCGGCGCAAACGUUAUUGCGCACUACAAUAUCAAGUUUGAACCUCUGGGAGGUCUCCUGAAAACGUUCCCAAACAAUCUCCAACGAUCCAUUUUUGCAUCAAUUUCAAAAGGAAACGUUGGGUUAGUCCAAGCUGUCAAACACAAAGCUGCUAUCGUCUUGGUAGGGAGCACAACUGGGAAAUACGGAGAAGCUGGACACGCUGACUAUGCUGCGUCGAAAUGCGGUAUCCUGACGAUGACGCUCAAAAAUAAGAUUGCUAGAGUGAACUGUGUCGCUCCUAGGUGGGUGAUCAAUUGUUCGCUCGCGACAACACCAUUGAAGAAGAUCGCGACGCUGACGGAUAUUGCAAAUCAGAUCGCGGUGUUGCGUCGUCGAUUGUCUGGACACGUCACGGGACUGGUACUUAUGGUGGAGGGAGGGAUGGGGGGGUGUUAUUGA